UCUGAACAGCGACGGAAGCGCAUGAUGUGUCGGAAUUUGUAGGAACGAGGAAGACAUAUAGUCCAACCGAGAAGGAGAAGCCCGCCCUGGAUUACAGCUCUUUCAUGGAAUGUUCACUGAGGAGAACUGUCGUUUUAUUUUUUUUACCAUCGGGAGUUUGUGAAAUGCUCACAAAGGUGAUAUGCGCACUGUGGGACCCUGAGGAAUAGGCCAUCAAAGUGUUCUGCGCGAAAUCCAGUGACAGAGUUUCCAGCUAUUCACCAUGAUUUAAGCGCGCACUCCAAGCAAAGUGAGAAAGCGAUCAUUAGCGAUAAGAGGUAUAGCGCAUCUCUGAUUCUACGAUAUCAGCACAUCGUCGCUUUAGCAGCCUAUGGACCAUGGCAUCAAAUGAAGAAGCGGUUAUUUGUCCGGUGCAGGCACCUACGCUCGCCAAGCACAGGGACUUCUGACAUUAUUUACGCACACUCAAAUAUCCGACCCCUGCUCUAUGCAGGGAGCAGAGGAGGCCGGUCUUUUUGGUAAAAGUCAGGACUGUCAUAUCUGGCAUCGGUGAGUGGGAGGUGAUUGACACCGUGGACACAGUGAGCGGACCUCACUAAAAAAUCUCUCCAACACUCACUGUGAAGCGCUGUAACAAGAGAGUUAUGUGGACUUUAUUUGGGACUAUUCAUCAGUAAAGCUGGCUGCAGAAGUAGCAGUCCUCCCUGAGCACCAGGCCUGACUGUUAAUAGCUCAGCUCAGCGCAGCCAGCCUGGUUCCCUCUCCUUCUUCCUGUGUCUGAUUCAGAGAGAAGCUCUGCCCAGCCCCCCCCACCACCACCACCACCAUCCCUCACGUUGUUGCAGGAGUUGAGUCUCUGCUGCCCAGGGAGGGCUCCAGACAUGUCCACCAAGGCGCCCAUAUACCUGAAGCGGCGGAGCAGGAAGGGUAAGAAAGAAAAGCUGCGGGACAUCCUCUCCUCGGACAUGAUCAGUCCUCCGCUUGGGGACUUCCGCCACACCAUCCACAUCGGCAGCGGCGGGGGGGAGGACAACCUAUUUGGGGACCUGUCCUUCCUGGAGGGGAAGUUCCACCUGCUCCCUGGGCAGCAGGGUGACUGCCUAUCCCAGCGCUCUUCCAUGUACGCAGAGCCCUUCCAGUUCAGCCAUACUGCCAGCGUCAGCGGACACACAGCCUCCUCAGAGAUCCCCCUUCUGAAGAACGCCCUCUCUCUGCCCGUCAUUGGAGGGUUGCAGGCCAUCACCCUGCCCGUCACCUCUGCACCCCCCACUGUCCCCCACCCGCCUCAGAAUGCAGCCCCCCCACCGAAACCUCCUCGACUGCACCUGGAUGACAAGAUCCUGAUGUCCCAUCACCCAGGCCUGGACUCCCCCUUGGCCCAGAUUCCCAGCAGGACUUCCCAGUUCUGCCCACCCUCUCCCAGGUUUUCAUCAGACAACGAUGUGUGUAUCCAAGACCCCUAUCUGGAUGACCGGGUUCAGGAGCGUCCCUACUUGUCCAACGCAGGCUCCCUGCUCUCCCUGCACCUGGACCUGGGCCCCUCCAUCCUGGAUGACGUGCUACAGAUCAUGGACCGCCAGCGCCUCAACGGCCUCAACGGAACCUGUCUGCAGGGAGGACGGCAAGAGCUCUACACCUGACCAUGGGAAGUCCUCCUCCCUCGGUCCUCUGUCCCUCGUAGUGUAACACAGGAGGUUCUGACCUCAACCAGGCCUUGCUUGAUCACAAGGCUGGGUUUGUACAGUAGUUUGCUCAUAUUAAGUGUUUUUUUCUGGAACUUAACAUCAGUUUCUGUUAGUGUUUUAAUUGAUAUUGAAUAUCUUUCUACACUUUUCCAUAUUUGAAUUACUUAAUGUAGGAAGUGUUGUCUAAUGAGGUGACAUGAGCCAAAAGCUGACUGUUAAAUCUCCUUUGCCCUUCCUCCAAAGAGUACAUGAAGAGACUGGGGAAAGAAUGCACUGCUGUUCAGGAACUGAGGUCAGCAUAUAUCUGUUUGGGCUAAUAUGUCAGUGGGAAGGGUAUGGUAAACUUGAAGGUCAGUGUUAGAUCAUUUUUUUUACUGCACCUGAGCUGUAAGACUCCUCUACGUACUCCGAAGAUCACAGUUUGCUGCGCGUGUCAUACAGAUUUAUCCAGCUUAUGAAGCUAUUCUGGAACAGACAUUCUAUUCAGACUCUACUUGAUUGGGGAUAUUGUUCUCAAAGACACACACUUACGGAAAGAUGAACUCUACGACAGGGAUGAUGUCAUCUCUGCAAGGACAGAGAGCCAGAGUGGGAGAGGAGGUCACCUCCCUGAGUCUCUGUCUUCAGCUUUUGUUCAUUUUCACUGCAAGAUUGUGAAAGUUGUAACUUUGUAUCAGGAGAGACACUGAGUGUUGGAGAGUGCAGUUCCAUAUCUGUCGUCCUUUCAGCAGAUCUACAGAGCAAAGCGCUCUGUUUUUCCUGGCUCUCAGGCUCUGGUCAUUGAGAUGUUGGACACGCUUUGAUUCACAACCUGAGACUGCUCAUAAAGAGAUUCUCACCGCUGUAGCCAUCCAAGUCCUUGUGUUGCUCCAACUAUCUCUGUACCAACACAGAAAAGUUCACAAUCAGACUAUUACCAAUGUUAUUUGGAAUUCUAGUUACAAGAUACUUCAGUGUUUUCAGUACAAUACAGUGUAGAGUUGCUGGAACACCAAUUGCUGCAUGGGGUAUAUAUUUUUCUAUUCAGUAUUACAUCAAUAACAAUGUAGCAAUCAACUGGAUAAUGAUAACAGGUUAAUGAUUCUUCACAAACCCAAUAAGAAAUGCUUUAUUAUUUGCACCCAAAGGUGCACUGAUUCACUUCAACAUUGUACAAAUUAUUUCAAACGUGAAAUGAUAGAUCAUUUAGAACAUACGUUGGUUCUUUGAUAACGGUGGACCAAUGAUGUGCAGGUCUACCUUAAGAAUGGCAAAAAACGCUGGAUACCCGUUAAUCCAUUUAUAUUGUACCCAACAGGGAUUCUAUACAUUACAUGUCCUACUGUAGGCUAACAUACACUACAUUAAUGCAUAACGCUAAACAAUAUCGUUAUAGUAUUAUAUUUGAUUAAUCUCAUAUUGGAUCAAAUGUCUUGAUACUUUCACACACUUACUAAAGCACUAUAAACCUGUUGGCAUUGUAACUGCAUAUAUCUACGUUAAAUUACAGUUUUUAAACUGCUCUAUAAUUUCUGUUUACUUUUGAAUAUCAACUCAUCGUUUCAAAUCUAAUGUUCUCACUCCAUACAUAUCCACCCUGUCACAGGCGGCCAGUAGCACCUUAAUUGAAGAGGAUGGGCUCAUUUUUUAAAAACUAACUAGGCAAGUCAGUUAAGCACAAAUUCUUAUUUUACAGUGACUGCCCAAACCCUCCCCUAACCCGGACGGCGCUGGGCUAAUUGUGGACUCCCGAUCACGGCCUGUUGUGAUACAGCCCGGGAUCAAACCAGAGUCUGUAGUGACACAUCUAAAACAGAGAUGCAGUGCCUUAGACCUCUGCGCCACUCAGGAGUAAAUCAUAGUAAUGGCUUGAACAGAAUAAAUGGAUUGGUAUUGAACACAUCAAAUAAAUGGUUUCCACGUGUUUGAUACCAUUCACUCCAUUCCAGCCAUUAUUAUGAGCCAUCCUCCCCUCAGCAGCCUCCUGUGCACCCUGUGCAUGCUCAAGUGUGGGUCCUUCUGUAGCUCAGUUGGUAGAGCAUGGCGCUUGUAACGCCAGGGUAGUGGGUUCGAUCCCCGGGACCACCCAUACGUAGAAUGUAUGCACACAUGACUGUAAGUCGCUUUGGAUAAAAGCGUCUGCUAAAUGGCAUAUAUAUAUAUAUAAAUUAGAUGGAAAAGAACUUGGGCUCCAUAGAUGACAUGUUGAGAAGAGGACUAUAUUAAUAGACAUAUGUUGCAGAGAGAGAGAGGAUGUGAUUAGAGGUGCUGCAGUGCAGUCUGUUUGGACUCUGAGAGAGAGAGAGAGAGAGAGAGAGAGCGAGAGAGAGAGAAAGGAUAUGGUAAGAUGUGCUGCAGUGCAGUCUGUCUGGAGCUGGAGCCAGAGCCUGCAGUGCAGUCUGUCCUGCUGACCAUGGCCAGGCCAGAACGGUGUUACAUAAGCCUGUGUCUGUUUACUCUGGAGCUCUGCUGACAGAUCUGCAGCCAGCCACUCAGUGACAGGGGAGCUGUACGGUGCAGAACAGUGUGUCAGGCUCUCCUGCAGCGUUUGGGAAAGCACCUGUUGACAGACUGACAUCAACACUACUAACCUUCACUGGCUCCUGCAACUGCUAUAAAUCCAGAUUUCUAUAAUCUACUCAGUUGCAUGCUGCACCUAAUGACUAUGGUAACAUACUUUGGUGUUACUUUUUAAGUUGUGAUAUGCAUGGUAUGCCUCCUACAACAACUGAACUCAAGUUAUUUUGGCAUGUUUCCUAUUGUAUCUAGCUACUAGUCUAGACCUCCAAGUAAGUGUUGGCUGUUUUAGACAGUGGUUGCAGCAUACGGAGCCAAAACCCUUUGUCGUCAUCACUCCGUUUAUCAUAGUUGCUAUGGCACUGGCUUCUGCUAUUACCUGAAUCGCCAGAUAUGAGGCUCCACUUCCCUACAUAUUUAUUUGGACAGUGAAGCUAAAACUUUUAAUUUGGUUCUAUACUCCACCAUUUUGGAUUUGAGAUCAAAUGUUUUAUAUGAGGCGAUGGAACAAAAUGUCACCUUUUUAUUUAGGGUAUUUUUCAUAUAUAUAUACAGUAUGUUUUACCGUUUAGAAAUGAAAGAACUUUGUAUGUAGUCCCCCCAUUUUGAAGGUAUCAUAAGUAUUUGGACAAAUUCACUUAGUGUAUUAAAGUAGUCUAGAGUACAACUCUACUCUGUAACUUUCUCACUCAUCAAUAUUCACGAUUCAUUCAUGAUUAUCCGUAAUCAUGGUAGCUUCCAAAUUAAUGUACAAAUGCUCAGAAACAUUCUAUAUUAUUUACAAUAAAAGUGACUCCAAAAAUA